GUUGAACACCAUUGCCGUUUACAUAGCUAAUCCUCACAAUCAAUCCAAACUCCAAAACAGCUCUCAACCUUUCACAAACAUGCGCAGGAGCAAUGGCUGCAUUCCCUGCAAAGUACGCCGCAAGAAAUGUGACGAAGCAAAGCCAUCCUGCGCUGCCUGUAUUCGAAAUCACCUUAUCUGCGCGUGGAAUGAUUCAUCCACACGUGCACACAAAUGCACAGCGCCUGCUACUGUUCUGCGAGGGAGGACUACUAGAGACUAUAUUCCCUAUGCACGCCUACUCCCUCAAUCACAACAUCGGCCAUACCCGCAAGCAACCACCGAGUUUACCAUCACUCCCGGGGAAGAUCCGCAUUCUGUAGUCCAGGGCCUUGGAUCCCUACACCCUCAACUGAGCCGUGAUCAAACUGGCUUCCUCUACUCCUUCUUUCUACAUAAAGCGGCCCAAGCCAUAUCUAUUCGAGACAAGGCUUCGAAUCCUUUCCUUCAUGUUCUGGCCCCUGUGGCAAUGCAGUCUGACAUGGUGCUGCAUUCUCUUCUCGCCUUCAGUGGAGUUAUAUACCUCCAAAGCUACUCACAGGCUGUCGCACAUGCUGUCUGGGAGCAAUACGCGCAAGCGCUGCGGAGCCUGAAGCAUAACCUGACAAGGUACGCGCAGGGCCGAAAGGAUCUGGCUAUCCUAUUAUUGGUCACAUGUCUCCUACUCUGCGCCUCGGAGGUCAGCUACGGCGAUACGCACGAUCACGCUUUCCGACAUUUAGAAGCUGCCCAGAACCUCAUUUCCGUCGCUGGGGCUCACUGCUCGAGCACGACACUCUUCUGCUUUGCCGCUGAGAUAUACUCAUACAUCAUGGCUUUGCUGCCGACCAGCUCGGCCGAGCCCCCACAACACAUCAUCGGCGAUGUUCGAUUCUUCUUUCGGGCUAUCGCGCAACACCGCACGCCCUUGGUUGGAGUGCUCUGUGGGAGUGCGUUCAGCUUGUUCCAGCUCAUUCCGGACGUAUAUGAGGUAUCCACCGCCGUACAUGACACCAUCCACGACGGUCAUACCGUACCGAUCGAUAUAUUUCUGUCCAGACAGCAUCUGCACUCCAUCGUUCAGUCCUGGGCGCCGGAAACAGAUGAUAUAGAUGGAGCGCGCAGCGGGCUGAUUUACCAACUUGCGCUUCUUGCGCUCUUGGAUAUGUCACCGACAGACGAUCAAGCAAUUCGCGAGGGUUCCUUGUCGUACAGACGCCAACUCAUCGCCGAAACAAUCCAGCUGCUCCGGCUCCUCCCUGUGGAAUCAAACCACACAACUGUCCUCUGCUGGCCUCUGGCAGUACUGGGAAGGUAUGCACAGGAUGCGCAGCAUCGCGAGUUCAUCCGAGACUAUCUUUCUCGGAUGGCGGCAAAGUAUAACCAUGCCAAUAUGUACCAAACCAUCGAUCUCCUGCAGCUCAUAUGGAACGUCCGGACCUGA